GUCAAGGUUUUUGCUUCUAGUGUUCUUGGUGGGAAGAGCCCCUGCUGGUGAAGGGGUCAAAGUCCUUGCUGAAUCUCAGAAUCAAGCUCACGGGUUGGUUCCUUCUGAGGCAGAGGUGGGAGUUUCUAACUUGGCCCUAGCUAACUCUACUGAGGUUAAUGCUCCAACUCUUGUCUCUUCUAAGGCCCUUUUUGACUCUCCUCCUGCUGUUUCUUCUGCCCACGAGUUGCCUAAGGCAACUACUGAUCUGUCUGUAAAGACUUAG